UUGGAGAAGGCUCUGCUCUAUGGGAUCCUGUGGGGGGCGUUGGAGGGGCUCUGCUCUAUGGGACUUUGGGGAUGGUUUGGGGGGACUCAGCUCUACGGGACCCUGGGGAUGGUUUGGGGGGGCGCUCUGUUCUGUGGGACCCUGGGGAUAGUUUGGGGGGCUCUGCUCUAUGAGACCGCAUGGGGGGCAUUGGAGAGGCUCUGCUCUAUGGGACCCUGGGGAUCUGGGGGGCUCUGCUCUGCAUGGACGUGGAUGGAGGCACAGAGAUGACAUUCCUUCCCCUCUCCCCGCAGGCGCGUUCCCGAUGCACGUGGCCAGCUCCUGCCCGCUGGCAGCCAACGGCUCCGUGAUGGGCUUCGACUUCACCCUGGCCUUCAACAAGAACCCGCUGGUGUGCUACGACUCCGACACUCAGCGCUUCGUCGCCUGCGACUGGGGGCUGCUGCGGCUGCACGCCACCCACCUCGCCGCCCACCUCAACAACGACAGCACCUGGGUGCAGCGCGUCGAGGCCCGGCGCCAGGCCUGCAGCGACCUGGCCCUGCGCUACUGGGACUGGACGGCGCUGCGGCGCACGCAGCCCCAAGUCCGCAUCAUCCCCACGGAGACGGGGAACGCCCGUGUGCCCGUCCGCCUCACCUGCCACAUCUGGGGCUUCUACCCCCCCGAGGUGACCGUCAUCUGGCUGCGCAACGGGGACAUCCUGGAGCCCGACGGCUACAACCCCAUCUCCGCCAUCCCCAACGGCGACUGGACCUACCAGACGCAGGUGUCCCUGAUGGUGGCCCCGGUGGCAGGUGACACCUACACAUGCUCUGUGCAGCACGUCAGCCUGCAGGAGCCUCUCCUGGAGGACUGGAGUCCCGGACUGCUGCCGGAGGUGACGAUAAUGGUGGCGGUGGCCACCGUGCUGAUGGUGGUGGGACUUGGCUUAUUUCUCUCCGGCGUCUACCGCUUCAGGGCCAGGCCUCCCGCCCCGGGUUACACUCCCCUCCCUGGAGACAACUACCCCGCAGGCAGCAUCUGAGGACCCCCAGACAGACCUCCUGGCACCGGUGGCUCCCAGUUGGCCCCAUCUCAGACCCGAUGCUGCGGUGCUGAGAAUAAAGAUGGUCCACAAGC